AUGGAGCUCUCACAGCAUGGUUUCUUGGAGGAGUUAAUGGCUCCAAGAAGAGACAGCUGGACCACUUUUUCAACUGGGGUGACUGAGUUCCUCCCUAAUGGAUGGAACUUUGAUUUUUUUGAUGAGAAUCCAAAUUUGGCUACAUCAAAUCUUUCCUAUGUAGGAUUCUCCACACCCACUGAAAACCCCAGCUUUGAAUGUCCUUUCAGUGAUCAACCCUACCCCUUUGCUGAUGGAUUUACAGUGCCAGGGUUGGAUUCUUCAUAUACCAAGAAUGACACAUCUCCUUUUCCAGCUGCUCAAGAAGACUACCCAUCAAUGGUUGAUGAUGAAGAGUUUGGUCUUCUCAGCAGUGAUUGUCAACACAGCUUGGGAGAAAGAAAGAGUAGCUGCAAAGUUGAGAUGGAGCAAACCAGCAACAUUCAGGGUUUUAACAUGGGCUUGUUUGAAGAGAAAAAGACUAAGACAAAGAGAUUAAGUGGUCAGCCCUCAAAAAAUCUCAUGGCGGAGAGAAGGAGAAGGAAGCGACUAAAUGACCGGCUUUCAAUGCUCAGAUCAAUAGUACCCAAGAUCAGCAAGAUGGACAGAACAUCUAUACUUGGAGAUGCCAUAGAUUACAUGAAAGAGCUUCUAGAAAGGAUCAAUAAGCUGCAGGAAAAAGAAACAAAAGUGGGUAGUAAUCAAGUGAGUUUGAUGAGCAACCUGAAGGAGCUAAAGCCAAAUGAAGUAUUGGUGAGAAAUUCCCCCAAGUUUGAUGUAGAGAGGAGAGAAACCGAUACCCGAAUUGAUAUCUGCUGCUCAACCAAACCAGGAUUGCUCCUAUCUACAGUAAACACAUUGGAAGCACUAGGCCUUGAGAUUCAACAGUGUGUAAUUAGUUGCUUCAAUGAUUUUUCAAUGCAAGCUUCUUGUUCAGAGGUAGCAGAGCAAAGGACAUUGAUGAGUUCUGAAGACAUAAAGCAAGCAUUAUUCAGAAAUGCAGGCUAUGGAGGAAGAUGUCUGUAGAAUAACAAGGAGAAUAAGAUUAUCAUCCAAACAAAGCCCUAAAGAGAUUGGAAUUUCUCUGUAUUUGUUCUUCAAGGAUUUGCUAAUGAGAAGCUGUAACAGCAUUUUCUUAUUAAUAAGCACUGUUCGUUCAUCAGUUCCAUCUCACAACCUGCCAUGAAUUAUCUACCCCA